AUGGAGGCCUCUAUGCUCAAUCGAAUAAGAAAGCUAUACAGGCAAAAUAGCCUUUUUCUGCUUUCUAAAGCAAAGGGGGAGUAUUGGUCAGAAGUAAAGACCACACUCCACAAUUGUGGCUCUCAGAAAGAGUAUUACAGGUUACUGUGUUUCGAGAACAGAGAUCUGCAAAUCAGGGAGAGAAAACAUGAAUGUUUUUUUUCUCUUUCAAGAGAUUCUGUCUCGGAAUCGUGCCUUGAGGGGGGAUGCUGCCAAUCCUACCGAGGACUUUAUGGAUUUCUUUUCCGGGAAGCGAGAGGUACUGGAGUUUUCACAUUUGAAUUUCUCAACCAUUCCACGUUCCCGAAACGGAUCCUAUCAAAUAUUUCACAUUUUCUAUGA